AUGUCUUUGCGUCGCUUCAUCAAGAAGGUGCGUAACCGUGCCAGAUUCCCAGCUGAGUCCGAGGCUCAAGACUCGCAGCCUGAAGAAUGGCACCCUCAAAUUUCGACGACGUUCUCCACCGAGGGACUUCAUGGUGAUUCAGUCCCAUUGCUUCCACGCCCGGCUGAGUCCGAGGCCCAAGACUUGCAGCCUCAAGACCCGCAACCUCAAGGGCCGGCAACAUUCACCACCGAGGGACCUAAUGAUGAUUCAAUCCCAUUGCUGCCACCCCCGGCUGAGAGCAGUCCUGUUCUUCCAGUAAGCCCUCGUCGCAGACAUUAUCGUGAUAUCAUUCGACGAUUCUUCUCAUUCCGCCGCCGCAGAAGUUCUGAGCCCGCCAGUCGCCAAGCCGACCUUGAUGCAAUCUUGGCGAAUCUUGAACUCGCCGCUGCUGGGCUUGAGCGUGAACCCGCCAGUCGCCAAGCCGACCUUGAUGCAAUCUUGGCAAACCUUGAGCUCGCCGCUCGCGAGGCUGGACUUGGGCGUGAAUUCGCCGUUUGGCUUCACCACCCCGACCUUGAUGUAGCCGUGGUGAAUCUUGAACUCGACAAUCGCCAUGUUCAGCCUAACUAUGAAGCGCUCGAUCAUCUUGAGAAUCUGCUCGCCAGUCGCGCGGCUAGGCCCAACCCAGCAAUUCUCGAUGAUGACACUCUUCAGUACUUAGAUGACGAGUCGGACCUCCGAUACCUCCCGUCGCUGGAUAUCGAGUUCGAUCGCAUCCAGUAUGACCCUGAGACGAUGAGAGGAUUUGAGGAUGUGUUCGCCCGCCAGGAGGCUAGAGACCGCCAGGCAAAUGCCGAGAGUCGUGCCGGCCGUGAGGCCGGCUCCAGGUGA